AUGAAGGGCUACCUUUCCCUGACUCAUGGUCAACGCUCGGUAAUGGAUAAUGCUGGUUGUAUGCAAGGAGAGAAAUUGACCGAUGCAGCUGGUUACUUUGACGUAUCCGUACCACUGAGUAUGAUACUAGGCUUUGCCGAAGAUUAUCGCAAGAUCGUCGUAAACGCUAAGCAUGAGUUGAUUUUGACGAGAGCAAAGAGCGAUGUCAAUGCCAUUGUGCAAACUGCUCCGGAAGAAUGCAAAGUUGUAAUUCAAAAAUUGGAAUGUUUGAUACCGUACGUAAAGGUUUCCGAUCGUCGAAAGAUAGAUCUAUUGAAAUUUAUCGAGAAGGAUGCACCCAUCCCUAUGAGCUUCCGCACCUGCGAACUGUACGAGUAUCCUCUACUCCCUACCACAUCUAAACACGUGCGGACCGUCAAGACGUCCACUCAACUUGAGAAACCUCGAUACGUUAUAUUAGGAUUCCAAACUGGCAAAAAGAAUAAUAAAAAUAAGAAUGGCAGUCACUUUGACCAUUGCAAUGUUAGAGACGUUAAACUCUUCUUGAAUUCGCAAUGCUACCCCUAUGGAAAUCUAAACCUUGACAUUGAUCGAAAUCAGUUUGCUCUGCUGUACGAGAUGUAUGUAAACUUUCAAGCUACUUAUUACGGCAAAGAGCCUGAGCCCAUCCUGAGAAAGAGUGAUUUCCUCGUCUAUGGUUCACUAAUUGUCAUCGAUUGCUCUAAGCAAAAUGAGUCGCUCAAAUUUGGACCAGUCGACGUUCGUCUUGAAUUCGAGGCUGACCAAAAUUUCCCCACCGAAACAUCAGCGUUCUGUUUAAUUCUGCAUGAUUGA